AUGCUGGAAAUAAGCCGGAUUUAUCUCUCAACUGGGGUAUUAUUAGCUGUUUUAACAUUAAUUUUUCAUAUGAUCGCGGUGGGAUAUCCACGAUGGAAAAUUUAUGAACAUCGUCGAAAUCCAAGUGAAACUCUGUUUGUCGGUUUAUUUCAUCGUUGUGAAAAUCAACUGCUUACGGUCGUGUCUGAUACAAAUAAAAUCUAUUCGAUAUGCGAUGAGAACAAAUAUUUACCAUCGAAGAAAAACAUGUCAACAAUAAUUAAUAAACUGAAACCUAACGAAGUUCAACGUUUAUGUAACAUCGCUGGAAAUCCCUAUCGAUGCGAUUACUCGUCGGUCAAUAAAGGUCUUAUCUCGAGUACAAUCAUCACAGCGUGUUCGAUUAGUUUCGCAAUUAUUUUAAUCUAUUCACAUUUACUUCUUAAUCAGUUUAAAUACAAGACGCAUUUGGUGAUUGCGAUGACUACGAUUCUUUUCUUAUUUCUUGCAUUUAUUUUUCUUCUAAUAACAUUGAUUUUACUCGGUUCAACAAUGUCUUAUGAUUUGUUUGAAUAUCGUUAUAAUCUAAACUAUCGUUUAGCUGAACGAAAACAACGAAAUCUCACCAAUGGAUUGGAACAAACCAUUCGACAAACAGUAGCGAGUGAUUACGAUAUCCGUUUAGACUGGUCAGCAGGUUUAGAAAUCAUUUCAUUGGUUCUAUCAAGUUUUACCUUAGUUACUCAAAUACUUUAUGUCUUUUCGACAUACCGAAAUCGAAUCGGCUGA